AGACAUCUUCAGGCGACAUGGAGAGGAUGAAAUAUUUCGUUACAAUAUGUCUACUAGGAUUAUUGCUACUUGAAGGCGCCCAUAGCGACGCACCUUUAGUGGACUCUGCAUCAUUGCCCCUAGAACAUCGAGCAGUAUAUGGACCCCCAAGCCACCUGCCCCCGCCUCCCGCAUAUGGGCCACCCCAGGGCGGAGGAAUCGGAGGAGGCGACGACUCCUGGCCACUGGCGACCCCAGAUAUGCCACAGAUCAAACACCUGCAGGUUCAGUGCGAGAAGACCAAUAUGCGAGUGAACAUCGAGUUUGACAGACCCUUCUAUGGCAUGAUCUUCUCUAAAGGGUUCUAUAGCGACCCUCACUGCGUGCAUCUCAAGCCGGGCACUGGGCACCUUAGCGCCACCUUCGAGAUCUACCUCAACAGCUGCGGUAUGUCCUCAUCGGCGAAUCACAAUGCAGCGGGGGCGUACGGGGCGCCUACCCCCAGCGGAAGUUAUGUGGAGAACACCAUCAUAAUCCAGUACGACCCAUACGUGCAGGAAGUUUGGGAUCAAGCCCGGAAGCUGCGUUGCACAUGGUAUGAUUUCUACGAGAAGGCGGUGACAUUCCGGCCAUUCCAAGUUGACAUGCUGCAUGCGGUCACGGCCAACUUUCUGGGCGACAACUUGCAGUGCUGGAUGCAGAUCCAGGUCGGUAAGGGCCCGUGGGCAUCGGAAGUGUCCGGCAUUGUGAAGAUAGGACAGACCAUGACGAUGGUGCUAGCCAUCAAGGAUGAUGAGAGCAAGUUCGACAUGCUGGUGCGUAACUGCGUGGCGCACGACGGCAAGAGGGCGCCUAUUCAACUGGUGGAUCAGUAUGGCUGCGUUGUGCGUCCCAAAAUCAUGAGCAAGUUCCAAAAGAUCAAGAACUUUGGCCCAUCCGCAUCCGUGGUGUCUUUCGCCUACUUCCAAGCAUUCAAAUUCCCAGAUUCCAUGAACGUCCACUUCCAGUGUGUGAUUCAAGUGUGCAGGUACCACUGCCCUGAGCCCAAGUGUGGAGGGGCGGGUUUCGGGGGUGAAUACGGGCCUCCAGCCCUCGGUCUGGGUGGUCUGGGUGGUCUCGGCGGUCUCCACGGCCCCGGACUGGGUGGGGAGUACGGAGCCCCAGCCGCAUCCCUUGAGGGCGGUGCGCACUCUGAGUACGGCGCUCCACCUCUAAGCGAAUACGGCACACCAGCAGCAUUCCCCGAUCCUCGCCACCCAUCAGGUCCAUCAGGAGCUUUCUCAGAACCCAAACCUGAUGUAAUACCUGCCCCCCAAGCACAACAGAGCUCCUCGACCUCGAACCCUCCAAAUCCAUCCUCACCUGCCCCACACCAUCCUUCAUCUGGCAGCGCCAACAAUGACAUCCACCUUCCACCCCCACCACUACCAGGCCACCAGAACUCUUACAUCACAGUGAAGAGAAAGGGUGGCGUUGUGGACGAGAUUGAGGGCAACCUGGCGACACUGGGUGGACGACCCCGCUCUGUAGAGGUAGAGCUGCAGGGCGCCAGGAGGCGGAGGAGCACCGGGACGUUUGUGGUUACUCGCAUUUACAAGCGGGAAGCCCAGGAAAUGACGGAUGUCAACACAAGCCGCAUAAUCCAGGUUGUUGCACCUGGAGAUGUUAACUUUGCACUCAAUGGCGCAUCUAGCAACGAGACGGUGGUGAUUCAGUCCACAAGUAACUCGGCACCCGACUCAGAGCACAUCUGCAUGUCUGUGCCCAGCUUCGUGGGCGGCCUUGUCAUGCUGCUGUUGGUGCUUGUUGUUGCAUGUCUAGUCGCUGCAUUCCUCUUUGUCAGGGUGAGAGCCAUCGACCGGAAGGGAGCCACCACGACAUUCGUACCUCAUGGGUAUGACAAUUCAGAAUUCGUCAAAGUUGCCAACUGAAUGAAAGGACUUCAGAUACAUGAUUUGGAUAGACGGCUUGAUGUAAACCAGAUUUUAUUCCAAUUCAUACAGUCAUCUAAAAAAUCCUUUACUGAUUUCAACAGUCAGUGAAGCCAAGAAUGACUGCUGUCACAAAAUGUGCAUGUAUCAAACAGCUUAUCCAUCCAGCAAGUGCUCAUUGGUUUGGCUGUGUCAAUCAAUGUAACAGUGCAAGUUUUCCUGAUGUUACGUAAGUGCGAUUUCUGUGGCUUCCAAAAAGUUUUCAGGGAAUAUCACUAAUGAUAACAUUUGUAUUUGUUUGUUCUCACUAUAAUGUCCAUCUGUACAAAAUUUUGAAUAUGUGUAGCAGUGUAGCAUUCUGGUAGCAGAUGUGACUCUGUUAACAACUGAUGUAGGAAUGCACUCUGGUUUAUUAAUUGUAGAGAUCACUUACAGUUGCACUAUACAGCCACUGGAACAUGAUAACUUGAACCAUCAGGUAAAGAACUGACUUCAAAUUUUCUAACAGGGAGCCACACAAAUGAGUCAAAUGAUAUGUUGUGACUUAAAUCACCCAACUAACAUAUUUCCUUGGAAGUCAGAGGAAGGACAUGCAGAACAGUGAUGUAACUUUGUUUAUGUCAAGCCGUAAUUUAAGCAGGAUCCAUUGUUGAGAACAGUUGAUGCUCGUAUUAAUUGCCAUCAAAGCUAUGACAGCCCCCUAGUUUUGAAUUCCCACUUGUUCCUGACAAUGGGCUGCCAUACGUAACUUUUGCCAGUGUUACCAGCUGAAUGUGAGAAUUAUUUCACUCAAUCAUGCAACUCCAUAACUGGUUAGAAUUUUAACCAAGACAGUGAUGUUGCAAGAAAGUGAGAGUUUAUUUCAUCACCACUACUGAAGUCAGAAGCUAGAUUUGUGUGUAACUGAACUAAAAAUAUUUUUGUAUACAUUGCAACAUCAGUUAUGCUACAUUGUUUUUAUUUAAGACACAUUAACUGAUAUUAAGAUACAAAGACAUAACAUCAAGGCAUUUUAUGCCAUAUGGAGGGGUGAAAAGGCUUUGGUGCUAGCAGGAAACCAGCAGCCACAGUUGAUAGUGCAAAGUCUUGUAGUCAAGUCAGAUAUGUAUGUGUGUUUAUUGUAUCAUUAUUACAAGGAAAUCCAUAUUCUGAUCCAGUAUCUCAAUAAUUGCAUUUUUAAAGCAAUAGAAAUUUAAAAUCAUUACUAAUUCAGUUCUCAGUUUGAUGUGGGUUUUAAAAAACUUGCACAUAUAAUACCUUCUGUUCUAGGAAAAGGAGUACUAUUUGCUAUGUAAUGAUAGAUGUAUAAAUAUGUUUAUGCCUUAACUUGAGGCAGGAAGAGAUAUGUUAAGAGGUAAAUCAAACUGGUUGGCACCUGUUUUGUACCAGUAAUUUAUUUAUAGAAGUGGAGAAGAUAGUUCAUCAUACUAAAACACAAAAUAAUAUCAAAACAUAAUGUUCAAGUUGUGACUUAUACUCUCUCAUUAUUAACAGCCAAAAACUAUAUAAAAUCAUGACUGCACCAACAGGCCCAUGCUUAGAUGUCAAGUGUGCCAACAUUUGAAGAGGAAUCUGGAAAUUGUUGGCACUAACCCACCUAAGCAUGGAAUUCACAAAAUAAGAGUAAAAUCUAAGCCUCCUCUAUAUUUGUCACAUAUAAUUUCUUCUGGAUAAGACUAUAAUGCACUACAUAACCAUGGCUACUAUGAUUUGCACAAGGAGCAAACUUAGUUCUAUGAACUAAUAUUAUAGGAGAAAUAUAAGAUUAUUUAAGAACUAUGUGGCUUUAAUAAUUUUAAUGGUGCAAUAUCAAUGUAGGCCAAGGUUUUAUAUGUUUCAAUAUAAAUAGAAUUAAAGUUAUUUAUGAUAUUAUUUCAAUAUAUUAUCAGAUAAAGCAUGAAUUGCAGAUGAAAUCCAAAUGAAUGUUUUGUGGCAAGAAAAAAUAUUCAGAUUCCAAAGAAUUGUCAGAUUUUUUCUAGAAAUAUUUUAGAAUCAUAAUUUAUUUUCCAAUUACAUACCACAAAAUACAACUUAAAUUUCAUGUGACAUAACAUGAACAUUCUUGAUGAAAGAAUAUGCACAGCUACAGAGAACAUUAGAAUCUCUGGAUGCUGUGAGUGACUGAACUGUGAGCAGUAAGCAUGCUCAGUAUACUGGUCCAAUGAUUGUGUUCCUAGCAGCGUUAAUUUCAAGUCUUGCUUGCAUGAGUUUUGGAUUACUCUACACACAGCAAUUUUACUGUAGUUUGAAAAUGAAGGACUUGAUCUGGGGGGAAAGUGGUUUAAUUUCCUAAUAUAAAGGGGGCUUUGAUAUAUGUUUUACCAUUUUUACUUAUCUGUUAAUUUAUGUACCACUCAUAACUCCACAUUUCAGUGCUCAUAAAAUCCUUAUAAUAUAUUGCAUUCAGAAGGAAUGAGGGCUUAUCCCUUUGUAUUUGUAGAACAAUUGCUAGGAUGUGCCUUCUAUGCAGCCAACAUUGGUGUCAUGUUAUACAGUGUUUCAGCAGACUGAUUCAAGUAAACUGUGAGAACAGGCGAGAUUAAUUUGAGAACUGAUCAAUUUGAUAGUAGAAUGAUGAAUGAAAUAAAAAGUAGUCUUCAUGUAGAAUGUAGAGUUCCAUUGAGAACAUGCCCCCAUCCCUUCUGGAUAUGAGAAACAUUAAAAUCCUUUUCCCUUUAUUUAUAAAAUCUAGUAUGUAAGUUUAUAUUUAAUAUUUUACUGUAAUAUAAGUUAUUUUAAUUUGCAACUUAUCAUAUAUGUCCAUAAGACUGGUCUAUUUUUAAGUAGCACUUUAUGAAUAUUCUUUGUUCUUUGUAACAGAGCGAACAUCAUGUCUUCGUUUAAAUUAUAAAUAUAAUGUUCACACGCCUUGAAUUCUUAAAUCAGUUUCUAAUGCACAUAAUUUCUAUACUAUGUAAAUUGAAUAAAUUCAUAUCAUCAGAAGAAUGUUUUAUUUUUAUAUGUUCAUAUUAGAAAACCAAUGCUGCCACAGUGUGUACACAAUCUCUCAGGCAUGUGAUAAAAUAUGAAUUAAAUAUUUCUUUACCAUUGACUGGUUCUGCAUUACUUUACAAAAGCCAUAGGACUACAACUGCCAUGAUUUAUUACAUGUAGAAUACAGAAAGUAUUGUGCUGAAAUAUUUUAAAGUAUGGUGAAUUUUGAUAAACCUGUCCAGUUGUUCAUCCAAAAGAUAAGCAAAAUUAUGCAUUUUUGUAAGAGCAUAUGAUAAAAAAAAAAGAAUUUCAUACUCUACUAGAGUUGUCUAAAAGUGCACCAUUUACAUGAAAUAUACAUGCAAAUUUGCAAAACAUCUUCAUAUUUUGAAUACAGCAGUUAUUUUUGUGGAACAUCAAUAACUAUUAUUUUAAUUCCAUAAUUAUUUGUUUUAUCUGCUGUGUAGGAGAAACAUAACUGUCUGUUCUGAUUAAAUAUACAUGUUUACAUAGCUCUAUAUUAUUACAUGGUGAUAUCAGUAUACAAAUUUAUGUAAGAUAUUUGUGUAUAGUUACAAUAUUAAGUGAAUAACUAGAUUCACAUGUUUUCAGCCAUCAUGCCUUAAAUACGAAGUGAGUGACAAAAGUAGUGUUUCUUGAAGAAGAAAUGUUAAAGGGGAUAUGAGAGCAGUGUCAAAUUUUGCUGGUAGUAAUUAUUUAGUUGAUUGUAAAAAUUCUAUGAAGUUAAAACAUGGCUGCAAUUGGAUGGAUAAUAAUCAAGUAAGAAGAAUUUAUUAAUUUUUAUUUAAGUAUUUAAAGACACAAGCAAGUACUAUAUGUCAGAUUUAUUUUAGGCUAUUAUAUUUCAGCAUCCUGUUACACUCACACAAUAUAUAUG